GGUUGUUUAGGAAUUUUUGGCGUUUGAUAAGACGAGAGGGAGCAAAGCUAACAAAUGGCAUCUCUGUCUCCAAUCCGUUGGAAAAAAGAGGGAAACAAAACACCAAAUCCACAAUUCAUUCAUUCGUUACUAUUACUAUAUGAUGAUUUUUGUUUCUAAUUUGUAAUUGGCUUCGCCGGAAUUGAAUAAAUAACAAUUAUGCCGUGGUUUUCGUAUUCUUGUUCUUCCCAAUUGGCGGCGACCAUUCUUCUUCUGAUUCUCUCUUCCGUGUUCGCGACAACAUAUGCUUAUGACAAUGCCUCAUGCGGUCAUGACACGCAAUUGGUGAAGGUGAAGAAUUGGGUUGAUGGUAAAGAAGGUGACAUGCUUAAUGCUAUGACUGCAAGAUUUGGGUCUGUUAUACCUAAGGACGCCGAUCAAUCUAUCAAAACUCCUCUUGUUUCUUCUAUUCCUGAAGACUGUUGUUCCCUUUCAACUUCAAAGUUAUCUGGUUCAGUUGCUGUUUGCGUUCGUGGUACUUGUGACUUCACAACUAAAGCUACAUUCGCACAGUCAGCCGGUGCUACUGCCAUGUUGAUGAUAACUGACCAGCUCCUUGAGAUGGAUUGCCCCACUGAUACUACCGAAAAGAUAACCAUUUCAAUUCCGGUUGUUGAAAUAACACUCACACUGGUAGAUACUCUUUACAAUUCUUUGAAGUCUGGAAAGAAAGUGGAAGUUCUACUAUAUGCUCCAGUUCGUCCACUUAUAGAUUUCUCUGUUGGAUUUUUGUGGUUGAUGUCCGUCGGAACAGUAAUAUGCGCUGCAUUAUGGGCUGACAUCACUGCACCUGAUAAGUUAGAUGAACGCUAUAAUGAACUGUCUCCCAAGGGAUCUUCCACUGCUGAAAAAGCAACAGAUGAUUCUGAAAAUGAAAUUGUUAAUAUAGAUACAAAGGGCGCUGUCAUUUUUGUCAUUACGGCUUCCACGUUUCUUGUGUUGUUGUUCUUCUUCAUGUCAUCUUGGUUUAUCUGGAUUCUGAUUGUACUUUUUUGCAUCGGUGGUGUGGAGGGGAUGCAUAAUUGUAUUGUAACCCUCGCUUUAAGAAUACGUCCCAAUUUUGGUAAGAAGACUGUGAAAUUACCUUUGUUUGGGGAGAAUUCUAUUUUCUCACUAGCAGUAUUGAUAUUCUCUGUGACAUUUGCGGUAUUAUGGGCUGCUACACGACGAGAAUCAUUUUCAUGGUUUGGCCAAGAUGUUCUUGGUAUCUGUUUAAUGAUAACAGUAUUGCAAUUGGCUCGCUUGCCUAAUAUUAAGGUUGCAACUGUACUCCUUUGUUGUGCAUUUGUAUAUGACAUAUUUUGGGUAUUCAUAUCCCCGGUGAUAUUCCAAAAGAGUGUUAUGAUCACAGUUGCUCGUGGCGACAAGGCAGGUGGUGAAGCAAUUCCUAUGCUUUUGAGAUGUCCCCGUCCUAGAGAUCCUUGGGGUGGAUAUGAUAUGAUUGGAUUUGGAGAUAUUCUAUUUCCUGGUUUGCUUGUUUGCUUUACUCGCAGAUUCGACAAAGAUAAUAAGAAGGGGAUCUUUAAUGGAUACUUUUUUUGGUUGAUAAUUGGCUAUGGCUUUGGCCUAUUCUUUACAUAUUUGGGACUAUAUAUGAUGAAUGGUCAUGGACAACCUGCACUUCUCUACCUUGUUCCAUGUACACUAGGAGUCGCUGUAACUUUGGGAUGUAUAAGAGGUGAACUUAAGAUUCUUUGGAAUUACAAUGCAGAUUCUUCUUCAUCGAGAGAGCCAUCGGACGUUUGAAUCAUCAGAUUGUUCAGUGCAAUUAAAAAAUUAUCUAGAUACAUCAAUCUCCCCUCAAUGACAUGUGAUUUAUUUAGCGGUUAUAGAAAAAAAUACCAAGUGUACAGGCUACUCUAUCUCAAACUUUCGUAAAUAUCUUUUGUAAUUCUCAAAUUUUCGUAAAUAUCUUUUGUAAUUAAAUAAUUAAUGAAAAA